AUGGCACCUUUUACACAGCGCUUUUCCACCGAAGCGGACCCAAUUGUGCAUCUUCCUGGGUUGGGAAAACUGAAGGGAUCGUACACUCGGACGGCCUGGACAGGCGCUCCGGUGCAGCAAUACCUCAACGUACGCUACGCCGAUCCACCGGUCGGUAAGAACCGCUUUCGGGCUCCGGUUCCCGUGCAGCCUUGGGAUGGCGUCCAGGACGUGUCGGUUCGUGGCCGGGAAGCACCCUGCUAUGGCGAUCUGAAGAAACUCCCCAAGGACCGGCUGGGACCGGAGCUGGAAGAUUGCAUCAGCCUUUGCGUGUACACGAAGGACACCACGGUCAAGCGACCGGUGGCGGUGUACAUCCACGGUGGUGGUUUCUACAGUGGCAGUGCGGCCCAACAUCCACCGGAGUACCUGCUGGAAAAGGAUAUCGUUCUGGUGGUGCCUCAAUAUCGGCUCGGUGCGCUCGGGUUCCUUUCCACCAAGACGGAAACCAUUCCCGGCAAUGCGGCCAUCAUGGACGUACUGCUGGCGUUCGAGUGGGUCCAGAAGAAUAUCGAACAUUUCGGUGGAGAUCCGACGCAGGUGACCGCCGUCGGGCAGUCGGCCGGUGCGGGCAUUUUAUCGUCGUUACUGUUCAGCCCGGCCCUGAAGGAGUUCUACUUCCAGCGGGUCAUUCUACAGUCCGGUGGCCCUUUCGGUAGCUGGCAGUUCGAUCAUAACGGUGAGCGUAACGCACGGGAUAUUGCACGCCGAGCUGGAUUCGAUCCGAAGGCUCCACUCGAGCAGGUCGAACAGUUCCUCGUCGAGCUGGACACGUACUCGUUACUGAAGGCGUUCAUGCAGCACAACUGGCAAGGGCUCCCGAAUGGAAUCAACAACACUGGCGGUCGCAUGACCAUCGGUGGACCAUCGCAGCUGUUCCCGGCGACACCCUAUCAGGUGAUGAAGGCUGGUGGAGGGCGAAAAAACAUUCCCAUGCUAACGGGAGUCGUAAAGGACGAAGGAACAUUUGCCCUCGUGGACGUGUUUACCAUUCUAACGGCACUGAAGCUGCACGACAAGAAGGACUUCCUGCGAUUCGACGUGAUCGAAGAGAUUCAGCGAAUCCUCGGUACGGUGGAAGUGUCCUGCUCCGUAACACCGCUGGCGGUGAAAAGUAUGCUCGACAUGGAAGCGGCUGCAAAUGGGGAUAUCAUAAAGAUGAUUCCGGGAUUAAUCGAUCUUUGUGGGAUGCACUUGAUGAAAUCCGGUGUCCUCCGGAUGGCACAGUACAACAGCAGACACACACCUAAUCAGACAUUUGUCUACUCGUUCGAUUACCGGGGCGAGCACACCCGGUUCGGGUACGAUCAGGACGUCCGACAAAUUCCGUUCGACGGCGGUGUCCAUCAUACGAACGAUUUGCUUUAUCUCUUCCCCUACCCGCCAUCGGCCGCUCAGCUGAACGAACCGGACACCGCCAUGGCGAAGAAGAUGGUCGACCUGUGGGGUUCAUUCAUUACCGACGGUGUCCCGACGGCACCGGACCUUCCCCAAUGGCCCGCAUUUAACCAAAUCUUCGGCCCGUACGUUCACCUGAACGGUCAGUUUACGGUAGGUAACAACUUUUUGGACGAAUUCACGGUCAACGCUGACGCCGCCCGCCAACGCCGCCGACAAACAGAGGCCUCACAAUCCACCGGAAAGGAAGCCACCGGGUCCAAUCGGGACCGGUUAAUCCAACAGAAUCUUACCCAACAGCAGCGGGCCUAG